AUGUUAAGAAGAAAAUUAGAAGCUGUUGGAGAUACAAUAGAACCAUUUCAUUUUAUUUUACAUCCAAAAGAUGAACAAUAUUUAACUCGUGAAGAUCAAGAUAAAGGAAAAGAAUUAUAUUCACUUUUAGUUCAAUUUGAAAUUCUUCAAGGAGAUACAAUAAGAAAAAUAUUUCGAAAUAAUUCACAAGAACGAGAUAAAAUAGAAAAGAUAAUUCGAAAUGAUCUUGAUCCUUCGAUUGCCGAUCCAUUAAUUAGUUUAUUAAGUAAAUUAUGGCAAAUUUUAAAUAUAAAUAAAAUAGAAAAAGAAUUACCACGGAUAUAUGAAAAUAAAGGAAAAUAUGCGAAAAUUAAAUUUAAUGGGAAUGGUCAUGAAACAAAAGAUCUUAAAAUAUUUUUAAUAGAAUUAAAAGAUAAUAUUAGUCAACAAAAUCAAUAUUUUUAUCAAACAGAUUUACCAUUUACUAUUAAAGAAGAAGAAGGAAAUAAUAUUCGAAUUUAUCUAAAAGAAAAAAAUAUUUUAAAGUCUGGUGGACUUGCUAAAUAUAAAUAUGUAGAUAUUAAAAGAAAUAUUGAAAGAAUUUUAAAAAAUAUUCAAUUUGAAAAUGAUAAAGAAUUAAUUUUGUCGAAAAUUUUGUCUUUACAAGGAGAUAUUCGUUCAUUUAAAACAGGUUUAAAAGCUAAUUUAAAAGAUUUUAUAGAUCUUCAAGAUCAAGAAAAUGUUCCAAGUGAAUUAAGAUUUUUUGAAGGUUUUAAUCUUAAUAAAUUUUUGAUUAUUGAAGAAGAUAAAUCUUGGUGGGAUUGGAAUGCUUUUGAAGUUGCAAUAAUAGGACUUGUUCAAGACAUUGCCGAAGCUGUUUUAGUAGCCUUUGGUUUGACUCAGAUAGGCAAUGCUUUAAUAUCAGGUAUUUUUAGUUGGAAAGAAUGGGCAAUACAAAAAGCAAUUAGCUUCGGUCUCUCUAUGUUGACUGCUGGAAUUGGAAAGUUUUUGACGGAUAAAAUUAUGGAACAGAUUCAAGAAAAUGUUUAUACAAAAGAUUUAGAAACUGUUUAUCUUCAAAAAAAAACAUUAGGAAAAUAUAUUUUAUUACCUCAACAAUUUGAUAAUAUUCGAACACGAGUUGUAUCUUCUUUAAGAAAUAGUUAUCAUCUAUUUGCUGAUGGUCUAAAGAAAUUCAAAAUACGUUAA